AUGCGGGGCACCUGGGUGCUGCUGCUGCUGGGCCUCAGGCUACAGCUGUCCCUUAGCGUCAUUCCAGUGGAGGAGGAGAACCCGGCCUUCUGGAACCAGAAGGCUGCUGAGGCCCUGGAUGUCGCCAAGAAACUGCAGCCCAUUCAGACAUCGGCCAAGAACCUCAUCAUCUUCCUGGGGGAUGGCAUGGGGGUGCCCACGGUGACAGCCACUCGGAUUCUAAAGGGACAGUUGACCGGUCAUCUAGGACCUGAGACACCCCUGGCCAUGGACCAAUUCCCGUACAUGGCUCUGUCCAAGACAUACAGCGUGGACAGACAGGUCCCAGACAGUGCAAGCACGGCCACAGCCUACCUGUGUGGGGUCAAGACCAACUACAAGACCAUCGGUGUGAGUGCCGCAGCCCGGUUCGACCAGUGCAACACCACAUUUGGCAACGAGGUCUUCUCAGUGAUGUACCGUGCCAAGCAGGCAGGAAAAUCCGUAGGCGUGGUGACCACCACCAGAGUGCAGCACGCCUCUCCCGCGGGCACGUAUGUUCACACGGUGAACCGCAAUUGGUAUGGCGAUGCCGAUAUGCCUGCCUCGGCGCUGCAGGAGGGCUGCAAGGACAUCGCUACACAACUCAUAUCCAACAUGGACAUUAAUGUGAUCCUUGGUGGGGGCCGAAAAUACAUGUUUCCUGCGGGAACCCCAGACCCCGAGUAUCCGAAUGAUGUCAAUGAGACUGGAACCCGACUGGACGGCAAGAACCUGGUGCAGGAAUGGCUGUCAAAGCGCCAGGGAGCCCAGUAUGUUUGGAAUCUUGCUCAACUCAUUGAGAAGUCCCAGGAUCCGUCAGUGACAUACCUCAUGGGCCUCUUUGAGCCUGUAGACACAAAAUUCGAUAUCCAACGAGACCCCCUGGUGGACCCAUCUCUGGAGGAUAUGACAGAGGCAGCCCUGCGAGUGCUAAGCAGGAACCCCAAAGGCUUCUACCUCUUUGUGGAGGGAGGCCGAAUCGACCGUGGUCACCAUCUGGGCACAGCUUACCUGGCACUGACUGAGGCUGUGAUGUUCGACUCAGCCAUCCAGAAGGCCAGCCAGCUCACGAGUGAGAAGGACACCCUGACCAUAGUCACUGCUGACCACUCCCAUGUCUUCUCCUUUGGUGGCUACACACUUCGAGGGACCUCCAUCUUCGGGUUGGCUCCUCUCAAUGCUUUGGACGGCAAGCCCUACACCUCCAUCCUGUAUGGCAACGGCCCAGGCUAUGUCGGUACAGGGGAAAGACCCAACGUCACCGAAGCCGAAAGCAGUGACUCAUCGUACCAGCAGCAGGCAGCUGUGCCGGUGAAGUCGGAGACCCACGGCGGGGAGGACGUGGCGAUAUUCGCGCGUGGCCCGCAGGCGCACCUGCUGCACGGCGUGCAGGAGCAGAACUACAUCGCGCACGUCAUGGCCUUCGCAGGCUGCCUGGAGCCCUACACCGACUGCGGCCUGGCGCCCCCUGCAGAUGAGAGCAGUCCAAACGUCCCGAGCCAGACCACCACCACCACCACUAUCACCACCCCGGUCCAGAAUAGCGCCAGUAGCCUAGGCCCAGCCACUGCCCCGCUGGCCCUGGCGCUGCUAGCCGGAACGCUGCUGCUACUACUGGGGGCUCCUGCCGAGUCCUAAACUCCAUUUCAUCCAGACUCCAUCCACAAGGUCCCACACCCU